AUGAGGCUCGUCGACCAGUACACUGGAUUCCCAUUUUCAGUGCAUAAAACAGAAAUUAGAACUUUCAGUCCCGGUGACUUCACUAUGUUUGCUCCUGAGACUCCUUAUGUCAUGAGGCGAAGCGAGUUUGAGGGAUCUCCGUACCUUAGGGAUGAUCGCUUGACGAUCGAAUGCAUCGUCACUGUUUUCAAGAUGCCACAUGUUACUGAAACCAAAUCAUUCCCCAAAAUCGACAUGCCACAACCUGACAUGACUGAGAAUGUCAGCAAGCUACUUGAAGAAAUGACGGGAUUUGAUGUGAGUUUCAUUGUCGGAGGAGAGACCAUUGAAGCACAUAGGUUUGUUCUUGCUAUGAGGUCGCCUGUUUUCAAAGCAGAGCUCUAUGGGUCGAUGCAGGAGGCGAGGCUGGGGGAGUGCAUAACCAUCAAGGACAUGCAACCUGCCGUUUUCAAGGCCCUGCUCCAUUUCAUCUAUACUGACUCUUUGCCUAGCGGCGAGGAUACAGAGAUGAUCCGGCUUUUACUAGUGGCCGAGGAUAGAUAUGCAAUGGAUAGGCUCAAGCUGGUUUGCCAAAGCAUCCUUUGCGAGGAUUUGAAUGUGGACACCAUCACAACCACAUUGGCUUUUGCUGACCGACAUAACUGCCACCAGCUUAAGGAUGCUUGCCUUGAAUUUAUCAAAUUAUCAAAUUUCAUGGAUGAUGUGGUGGGAACCCAACGCUUAAAGGAUCUCAAGGCGACUUGCCCAUCUUUCGUUGUGGAUGAACGGGAAAGAGAAGGAAGUUUUCAUGAAGCAUGA